CAAGAGGGAUGGGCGAUGUGGCGGUUGGGCGCGGCCUGGGCGCGGCCCGGUGCACUGCACGGGGCCUGGGGCCGGGGUAGCGGCGCGGCCUGGGCAGCCUGGGCGGGCGGAGCGGCCGCGAGCUCCUCGACGGGCGGCCUGGCGUUGCGCUCCCGGCCCGGUCCGAGCGGCGCUGGCGGCUAUAAACACCUGAUAAAAGAAGAUGGUAGGAAAACAGUUGUAUGUGUUGAGGGGAACAUUGCGAGUGGAAAAACAACGUGCCUGGAUUAUUUUGCACAAACUACUAACAUUGAGGUUUUGACAGAACCGGUGGCAAAGUGGAGGAAUGUUCGUGGUCAUAAUAUCCUGGGCUUAAUGUACCAAGAUGCAUCAAGAUGGGGGAUAACGUUACAGACUUACAUACAGCUUACGAUGCUGGAGCAGCAUACCAGACCAAUGAUAUCCCCCGUAAGAAUGAUGGAGCGAUCAGUUCACAGUGCAAGAUAUAUUUUUGUAGAAAAUUUGUAUCGAAGCGGAAAAAUGCCAGAGGUGGAUUAUGUUGUCCUAAGUGAAUGGUUUGACUGGAUCCAGAACAACACUGAUGUUUCGGUUGAUUUGAUAGUUUAUUUGCAGACUUCUCCUGAAGUUUGUUAUGAGAGGUUAAAGAGAAGAUGCAGAGAAGAGGAAAAGCUCAUUCCUCUGGAGUAUUUUGAAGCUAUUCAUCAGCUCUAUGAAGAGUGGCUCAUUAAACAUACACUAUUUGAAGUUUCCUGCCCAGUGCUUGUUAUUGGAGCUGAUCAUGACAUGCAGAAAAUGAUAGAGAAGUAUGAAGAAAACAGGGACCAGAUACUAAACCCAUCUAAUAUGCAACACCAUUUAUAGAAGUCUGCAGUUGCUGUAUUUUAAAAAACAUGUUUAUGAAGUCUGCUUUAAGGGCAAUUUUGAGUAUUAUAAAUAUUUCUAAAUAUAAUGGGGUUUGCUUUUGAA